CCGCGCAGCCGCCCUGGGCUGGCGUCCCGGGAUAUCCGCCCCCCACAGGGCCCGCGAGCCUACGUUCCGCGGCUCCCCGCGCAACCGGAAGUGGCCGGGCCCUAGGCGGAGGGACCCGGCGGAGCGGAAGUCACUCCGUGAGGCAGUGGCGACGGCGAGAGGAUGAACAACAAGUUCGACGCAUUGAAAGAUGAUGACAGUGGUGACCAUGAUCAGAAUGAAGAAAACAGCACACAGAAAGAUGGUGAGAAGGAAAAAAUGGAACGGGACAAAAGUCAGAGCAGCAGCAAGAGGAAGGCUGUUGUCCCGGGACCAGCAGAGCAUCCCCUGCAGUACAACUACACUUUCUGGUACUCCAGGAGAACUCCCGGCCGACCCACCAGCUCACAGAGCUAUGAACAGAAUAUCAAACAGAUUGGCACCUUUGCUUCUGUGGAGCAAUUCUGGAGGUUUUACAGCCACAUGGUACGUCCUGGGGACCUGACAGGCCACAGUGACUUCCAUCUCUUCAAAGAAGGAAUUAAACCCAUGUGGGAGGAUGAUGCAAAUAAAAAUGGUGGCAAGUGGAUUAUUCGGCUGCGGAAGGGCUUGGCAUCGCGUUGCUGGGAGAAUCUCAUCCUGGCCAUGUUGGGGGAACAGUUCAUGGUUGGGGAGGAGAUCUGUGGUGCUGUAGUCUCUGUCCGGUUUCAGGAGGACAUUAUUUCAAUAUGGAAUAAGACUGCCAGCGACCAAGCAACCACAGCCCGAAUCCGGGAUACGCUUCGGCGAGUGCUUAACCUACCUCCCAACACCAUUAUGGAAUACAAAACCCACACCGACAGCAUCAAGGCCUGGGAGGAGUUUCAUGGCCUGGUGAACAGCAGCGGCCGCUGAUCGGACGCUCCCCUCUGUCUCUCAUACUCAGGGGACAAUUCAAGCUUUCGAAAUACAAAAAUCACAUUGUGAACGUACACAAGCUGGCAAUAAUCCUUUUCCUUAAGUAUGUGUGUGUUUGUCCGAAAUGGAUGGGAGGUCUCCAGCUGGUCCUUCCAUCUGCUUACUGAAGGGACGUCCCUUUUGCACUCAUUCCUGGAGGAUGGAUUCUGCUAGACACCCUCCAGCAUCGCUGACUUUAUAAAGUGGAAAGAUGGCAAACGUGACUUUGUAAUAGACACACUUUUUUUUUAAUGGGUUACUGUGGGGGGAAGUCUAGCCUUUCGUUUUGCUGUGUGCUGUCCAGAUGCCUCACAGGCCCUCUGUCAUGCUCCUCUCUACUGUACAAAGGGUGUCGCAACCACGUGUACCAGCCAGAGCUGUCCACUGAGACUUGUCAGUAUUACGAAUGUCUGUGCAUCCAGGAAACACUUUUUGUUGGAGGUCCCGGGAUAGCUGUAAAUGCUCUUCUAGCUUUGCCAUUAAAUUAUUGGGACGUUUUGUUUA